ACGCUCUCGUCCCCGUUCCAGAAUUUCCCGGCCCGAAACCGAAACCACCCGCGCUCGUCUCUGCCCUCCCCCGUCUUCGUCUUGGGCGGCGCGGCGGCGGCAGCAGCGGAGGAGGAGGAGGAGAUGUUGUCCGGCGACAUCCCCCCGAACCAGACCAUCUACCUCAACAACCUUAACGAGAAGGUCAAGAAAGAAGAGUUGAAGAGGUCACUUUAUGCCCUGUGCUCACAGUAUGGAAGGAUACUGGAUGUGGUGGCCUUGAAAACUCAAAAACUGAGGGGGCAAGCAUGGGUUGUGUUUAGUGAAAUUACAGCUGCUACCAAUGCUUUCCGAGGAUUGCAAGACUUUGAUUUCUACGGCAAAAAAAUGCGAGUCCAAUACGCAAAAACAAAAUCUGACUGUAUUGCAAAAGAAGAUGGUACUUAUGCUCCUAAGGAGAAAAGAAAGAAGCAGGAGGAGAAAGCUGCUGAGAAAAAACGACGAGCAGAAGAGGCACAACAAUCUGGUCCUAAUGCUUCUGCUGCCCAAAGCAAUGGAACUGGUUACCAAGCCUCUCGCCUGGGCAAGGUUUCACAAGAGCAGCUCCCUCCUAACAACAUCCUCUUCAUCCAGAACUUGCCGGACCAGACCACAAGCAUGAUGCUCCAGAUCCUGUUCCAGCAGUACCCUGGCUUCCGGGAGGUCCGGAUGAUCGAGGCCAAGCCAGGCAUCGCUUUCGUGGAGUUCGAGGACGACAGCCAGUCCAAUGUCGCGAUGCUGGCCCUCCAGGGCUUCAAGAUCACCCCAGAGAACCCCAUGGCUAUAUCCUACGCCAAAAAAUGAGAACCGUUCAAAACCCCCCUGUACUCGUAAGAUCUUUUCCGCGCUCCCGCCUUUCGAAAUCAAGCUGCAGUACCAGCUUUCCGACCGUGUAUUUUUGGAAACAACUCGCUUAAUCUAGAAGUUAAACCCUUGCCACUUUUAAGUCAGGUUUGGCCAUCGAUCUUUACGUUCA